ACAAAAUCGCGUAGUACCUAUGUAGGUAAUAUAUUGUAUAAUAUUAUUAUUGUCUGUCUCAAAUAAUCUCCGGCGGGGUCAGAUUCUCGUCCGGGUUCGGUCAGACCAUACUUCGAUUAAAUCGGUUUUCGUCGUCAGCUUUCGUCUCCGACGAUCGGCCGCGCUCAAAAAAUUGUUAACCGUGUUAAUCAAAAGCCAAAAAUUCAAGCCAAGCCGCCCAAGCGGCUGUUGGAGUAGUAAAGACGUGUGGAGUGACGCUCCCGAGAGCGCGGCACUCGGCUCGUGUAAGCCACACCCAUCACUGCCGCCAUCCGCAGAGGCCCACGACUGCCCGAGGUGCAAACACUAUUUUUGUAUACAAACUACAAGACUACAAGACCGUAGCAGACUUGAGUAUCUAACCAGUUACCAGUUAGUAGUUACCAAAUCUAUCAACCGGAUUCCUCGACAAAUCGCCGAGUCGGUGGACGGUGACUCGGUGCGCACUACGCGUGGUUCCCGGCGACCGGGGCACUCCGGCAGUCUGGCGUCUUCCAUGUGACAACUGUGACAACUGGCAAUAAGCUAAAAAAGCACUCAGACCUGUCAGGACGUCGGGUCAGUCUCUGUAGUCUGGCAGACGAACGGUUGUAGAGAAAUACAAGCAGAACGUACGUAGGUAUUUUAAUAGUUUCGUUUAAACGUGAAAUCGUCAAAUCUUCCAAAAACGUUCUAAAUAUUGGCUGAUAUACAGAGCUAUACACUGCAGCGAUUCUAUUCGAUGACAAUUAUGAACCCACAAGUUGGCAGCAGGACGACACACACCACGACGGAGUUUACCGCGCACGCUGCGGUGCACUUGAAACGGCACUAUCGUAACUCGCCGUUCCGCAUCCAUGAUGACACCGCCCGUCCGCUGCUCGACAAUAUAAACAAAAUAGGCUACGAGCGACUCGAAAACAUAGUUCACAAAACAUUUCCAAAGUGCGACAUCAUUAAUAUACAUCGAGUCAACGCUCCUCAGAUAUACGGAAUGUACCUCUUACGCAAGGAAGAAAUGAGAUUAGCUAAUGGCGGAUAUGAUGCCCAGGAGCUGGUGCUUUACCACGUUACUGCCAAGUCCAGAGCUUUGGAGUCUCUAAAGAAUGGGCUCGACUGGAGGCUCACCAGACGCGCAAAGUUUGGCUGCGGCGUGUCGUUCAGCAACGACGUGGACUACGGAAAUUAUUACGCCAAUCGAUCCACUAAUGAAGGUGUUCGAGUUAUCGUCAUGAGCACUGUACUGAUUAAUGAUACACCGUAUCUGGUGACCGAAAAAUUGGACCGAAAGAACCGUCUAAUCAUACCACCCGGCACCGCAGAUACUACGGUCAGCCCUAAUGACCACGUGUUUGUCAAGUACACCGACUUCGAGUCUUACCCGCUGUUUUUCAUUUAUUACCGGUGGACACCGGAACUAUUUAAUGAAAGUAAAUAUUUCAAUGCCACCACCAAGAAGAAGAAGAAGAAAAAGAAGAAAAACAACAACAGCAACAACAAUAACAACAACAACGAAAACAACAAGAGGUUGCAGCAGGAAGAGACGUUGUGUCAGCAAGUAGCUAAUCUGCUUAUCGGCGAGUCUAACAGCCAACACGUCGCAGCCAAAGCCACCGCUGACACGCAGCCAUGCCAAAGCAGAAACGCCACCAAAAAACGUCGAGACCGACGCAGACGCGCCAAAGCUGAGGCCAACGCAAACGAGCCGCAUCCAAAGCCGACGUUGUCACGCCAAAGCAAGGAAGUCAAGCCGCCGCGCCGCAGCCGUCGAAGCAGACGCGCAAGUAAGCAACGCCGCCGCUCGUUGUCUCGUCAUUCGAAAAUUAUGAUAGCAGUACCUUUUGAUUAUUAUAUGUAAUUUAUUGUUUUACAUUUUCAGAGACCUUAAAUAAUAACCUUAACAUACUUAUAAUAUUUCUGUUUACAAUUGUUUUACAUUUUAAAAUUUAUAAAAAAUACAAUAAAUAUGAAAAAUAACCUUUUUAUUAUACCUGCUAGCUAUUGUCCUAUAAUAAACAACCGAAUGUACCUAUA